CAUUUGUAAUGUAUCGAAAUGCCUCGUCCUCCGCGUCUCAAUUGGGAACAGCAUCGUCCCCAGAUCACCAGCUUGUACCAGUCUGGUGCAACCUCUCAGGCUAUUACAUCUUAUCUUCUUGAUGAAACCGGAGUCUCAAUGACUCCUACGCAUCUUCGUCGUCUUCUCCAGUCAUGGGGUGUACCGCGCCAGCGCCCUAGAACAGAAGUGACUCCUGACCUUAAGGAGCGUAUUGAAGCACUCUUCUUUCAGCAUGCCUUAACAGAUGCCGAGAUUGUAAAGGCUCUAGAACAAGAAGGAACGAAGAUCUCGAGUCGCAAAGUUCAGGAGAUUCGAUGGGAAAUUGGUUUAUACAGACGUCAUAACGCAGAGCAACUUGCAACUGCAAUGGCCGAAGUCCGCGAGUUCUUCGAAGGAGAACGCACUACUACAAACAUUGUUCGUCAUAUGGGAUAUCGUUCCCUUUACGUCCAUAUGCGCCAGCGUUUCUUCAACAUCCCACGCGACUCUUUACGGGCAGUGUACGCUGAGUUUCACGAAGAUGCAAUUGCACAUCGUCGUGCCCGUGCUGAACGCAAGCGGUCUGGUUGGACUGUACCAGGCCCCAACUACAUCUGGUCCGUUGAUGGGUAUUGCAAGUUGGAAUACUUUGGUAUCGAGAUCUACGCAGGGAUUGACGCGUACUCUCGAUACAUUACAUGGUUCUACAUCGGAGUCUCUGCAUGA